CAUCGCCUUCCAGUAUCUCCUUCCGAAAUACUCCAAGACUGAAGAACGGUGCUAGGGUUCCAUGUCUAUUCGAUCAUCUCCUUCCAGAAAUACUCCCAAGAGAGUCUGAAGAACACUUCGAAGGUGCGAUUGAAAGGUUUAAUCGAAGAUGUUGCUGAUUGAUUCUCUCCUUCGAAGGUGUGAUUGAAGAGGUUUAAAUAAACCCAACCCACUAACUAAAGUCAAGAAUCAUGCAAACUUACCGGGCAAGCUUCGGAGGUACGAUUUGGAUUAAAGGCGACAUUUCUCAGGCUACAGAGGUGUAUUUCAAUGAGAAAACGCCAUUUCACCUCAAAAAGUUUCCAUUGGAUGAAGAACCAAAGAAGAUAGUGAAGGCUUUAAGGGAGAAUUGGCACCCCAACUUUGCCAACAUCUCCCCAAUUUUUCAGGCAUUUCCCUCCACAGCAAUGGAAGGAGGAGAUUCUAAUUGGCUGUUCAUGAUUGCAAAGGCUGUUGCAGCGUUAACCUUACAAGCGAUGUCUUAUGUUGGUUUCUGUACUUUGGAAAAACUACUCCCAGAGAGUGCUUACAAUAUCGUUCGUGAAAGUUAUUUUAAUGUUGUCGUCAGAUUUGUGUUGAGUGUUUUUGAUAUGGAAGACUUUGAGAGAAUAUAUGAACUGAGUAUCGUCAAGGAUGAGUGUUCAACAUACUAUUCAAACCUAUGCAAUGCUCACUGCGGUCCUUGUGUAGCUGUUGCUGAGGGAAAGGUGAAAGUUGAAAAAUUUUCCACACUAAGGGAACAUGAUAUUUGUGACACAAUACAGCAAUGCCAGGGUUGUGCUGAAAACAAAGGCUUUGAGGUUUAUCCGUGGGCCUUUCCUUUUGACCCUGAUAAGUGGGAUGAUAUUAGCCAGUCUGACAUAAUAAGUGCAAUGAGGGAGGUGUUGAAGUAUGUGCCUUUAAAGGAAGACUGUAAAAUGCAGCUUACCUUGGAGUUGUCUCGUCCAAAAUGUUAUCAUAUUCUUGAUAAUUUGACUUUAGAGGCUGUGAAGGACGUCAAGAUUCAAGAGUUACAUAGAUUUGUUGAUGACGUAUCAUCUGAUGAGUCAAUAGCUGAGGAUGCAAAAACCAUGCUCUAUGAUUUUGCUAAUGGCAUAAUCGACGGGCUCUAUGUCUUGUCUGAUUUCAAAGGAGAUGCGUUGAUCUAUUUUCAGGAAGCUAUCAUAUUUCCUAUAUCACGUGGGAGCUUCGGACCUUGUACAGACGAGCUUCGUGGAGUGAUUAACAUUGCUGAUAAUGAGAGAAGAAUGCAAUGUCAACGUUUCAUCAGCGUACAACACAUUUUGUUUGGCCUCUCUUUUUCAAGAGUUGGUGACAAUGUGAGGAUGCUCAAUGACAGGCCAAGAUGUUCGGGUGGAUUACAUUCAAAACUGUCUAUGUUUAGCAUUUACAAGUUAUCACGCAUAGCAGCCGACAGACUUGGUGAUAAGGAGGUUGGACUUGAGCACUUGGUUCUGGCAAUUUUCUUUGGAAAGCAAGAGGACGAUCCUAUUAAGAGGGUGGAACUGGAGUACGGCAGUUCUCUGUUCUUCGACGAUAAUGCAUUUGAUCCUGAGCUUGUGGACUGUUUGAAAAGUAGUUGCACUGAGUGACGCAAAAAGCUUGGAGUACUCUGCUGUUUUCAAAGAAUUCUUACCAGAAAAUUGUUUUGAUGGGGCACUAGUGAAAUGUUGUGGCCUUGUGGUCAUGGAAAAAUUGCACGAGGCUCUCAAGUGUGGUGGCUUGAGGUUGAGUCCAAUUCAUGAGGAGAGUUAAUAUCACCUUUCCUUGUGUGGGCAGGCUUAAGACAUUAUAUUCAAGUCUCUCACUUUUAUUAUUGUUAGAUACAUAAUUUUGAAUGCUCUUGAGAACAUGGAUGGAUGGUUAGGCUUAAUAUUCUAAGACAUUAUAGGCAAGUCUCUCACCUUUAUUAUUGUUAGAUGCAUCAUUUUGAAUACAAUAAUACUAUAAAUUCAUAUUCAACUAUUUCGAAAUUAUCUAGAA